AUGGCUCUCCACAACGUCAGACGCGCCGACCUCACGGCCCAAUACACGCACGUGCUCGCCCCCGACACCGCCUACACCGGCGCCAGCCAGGGCGUGGUGUCGCAGUCCAUGCCAAUGCUGGCCAUGUUCAUGCGCAACAAGUUCCUGGCGUGGUUCUCGCUGCUCACAGCGUGGCACACAUACCUGACCGCGGACCCCAACGCCGUGCGCGACCGCGAGGGCACCGAGGUGGGCCCGAUUAUGAAGCUCGGCAUGGCCGUGGUGGCCGUGGUGGUGUGCUACACCGGUAUGGUUCUGCCGCAGCCCGCGCCGGGCGCGAAACGUUAA